AUGGCUUUGAUUGCAAAAGAUGCCGUGGAUGUCAAUGCCAAGGUGAAUGAUGGCUGGACAGCCCUUCAUAUUGCUUCGAAGCAUGGCCAUGUUGGUGUUACCAAUACCUUGCUCGGGCAUGAUGGUGUUGAAGUCAAUAUGACACGGACAACAGGCUGGACUGCUUUGCAUUAUGCCUCAAGGCAUGGCCAUGUCGACAUUGUGAGCGCUUUGCUCAAAGGCACUGCUGUGAGGGUCAGCGCCAAGCUGAAUAAUGGUUGGACCCCCCUUCACUGUGCAUCAAGGCAUGGUCUUGUCGAAGUUGCCAAAGUCUUGCUAGAACAUCAUGAUGUGGAUGUCAAUUCAUCGCAGAAGAAAGGCUGGACUGCUUUGCAUUAUGCGUCAAAGUUUGGCCACGUUGAUAUUGUUAGUGCUCUGCUUGCAAAAGUUGGUGUGGAGAUCAAUAGAAAGAACAAUUGCAAUAAGACUGCCUUGGAUCUUGCAAGUGGUAUGAAUUUUCAGAAGGUGGUGGAAGUCUUGGUUGCCUCUGGCGCUGAGAGAGGGUGA